AUGAAAGUAGGAGUCAUGCAACGGGUAAAAGAGCCGAAUGAACAACUGCUAUUAAUAUUACUUAAUAUUAUACAUAAUAUCAGCCGACAUGAUGAUGGUGUAGAUGCAUUAAAUUCUUUUAAUGCUAUCAAUGUAAUUAAAGAAUACCAAAGUUAUAAUAAAGACGACUUUCUUUGUUCCAUGAUAUUAGCAUUGUUAUCAACACCAGAAGAAAUAAAAAAUGACCGUAAACGAAUGAAUAAUGUGCUUGAUCAAUUAUUAGAAAUUGUAUACGAUGCAUCAUUAUCAAGCGAUUACUAA